AUGGAUCAAGUCGCAGGUCGUCGCCAUCGUCCAGAGAUUCAGAAGGAUCCUUUCGGCCACGGAGAGCCGACGGAAGCGUAUUCGGAGGAUUGGAGUUUCAAGGACCAUGGGAGACCGCAGAAUGCGAUCGAGCGGUUCAAGUUCCCAAGCGGGAUGCAACAAUAUCUGGAGGCAAUGGGCACACCUCAAGAGACGGCUGUCGAUUUGAUCAAGACGUUUUCUCGACGCGCGCUUCAAGGAAAAGUACCAGAGGUCAACAAGAAGGCGAUCGGAACUCUGGCAGAUCAGUCGUUGGAGGUCGGCAUGACAUUUCAGGCGAUGGGCGUCACCCGGGAAGAGGCUAUUGCCAGCAAAUUGGACAAGAUCAUUUGGGACGCUUUCUUUACACACUGCGAAAAUAUGUUCCCAUCCGAUACCCUAUUCCGACUGACAAGGCUCAGGGAGAUCUCUGAUUUGCGGUAUCCAGCAGAGUGGAACCCUGCCGCGCGUCUGAUGAAGAGAAAGAUCAUUAUGCACGUGGGGCCAACCAACUCUGGAAAGACAUACAGUGCGCUACAGAGACUUCAGGCGGCAGAAUCAGGAGCAUAUCUUUCGCCCUUGCGACUUUUGGCUCAUGAGGUCUUUGAGAGGAUGAACGAUGCAGGAACACCAUGCAACCUUAUCACAGGAGAAGAGAGGCGAUAUGCUGUCACAGACUCUGAAGGCAACCCUGAUCCCAGGGCCGCCAAAUGUGUCUCAUGUACGGUAGAGAUGGUGGAUCUGAACCGCAAGAUCGAGGUCGCUGUUGUGGACGAGAUUCAAAUGCUUGCUGAUCCGGAUCGUGGCUGGGCAUGGACACACGCGCUACUCAGUCUGCCAGCAAAGGAGAUUCACCUCUGUGGUGAACCUACUGUGGUUGACCUUGUCAAGAACAUUUGCGCGCUGACGAACGAGGAGGUCGAGGUGCAUCGAUACGAUCGGUUGAGCAAGAUGGAGGUCAUGGAUGAAAGCCUGUACGGACAAUUAGACAAAAUCCAGAAGGGCGACUGUGUUGUGACCUUUUCGCGCAAGAACAUCUUUUUGUUGAAGAGGCACAUUGAGGCUUCUACGGGUCUCCGAUGUGCAGUUGCCUAUGGAAGUUUGCCUCCAGAGAGUAGAUCGACCCAGGCAAAGCUGUUCAACGACCCCAACAGCGGAUAUGAUGUUCUCGUGGCUAGUGAUGCCAUUGGCAUGGGUCUCAACCUGAACAUCCGCCGUAUUAUCUUUGAGGCGACAGAGAAGUUUGAUGGCUCGGUCGUGCGGACAUUGAGUCUUACACAGCUGAAGCAGAUCGGUGGACGAGCAGGUCGAUUCGGGACAGAGUAUGCCGUUGGUUUGGUAACAACGCUCCUUCAACGCGAUAUCCCCACGCUCAAACGCGCAAUGGCAGCGCCCAUGAUCGACAUCACGCGUGCAGGUAUUCAACCUACGGCAGAUAUGCUCCAGCAGUUCUCGAUUCAGAUGCCUGGAGCGCCCUUUUCCUAUGUCCUCAAAACAUUUGAGAUGAUGUCGCGCAACUCUGGCCUGUUCUUCCUGGGACUCUUCCGUGGCAUGAUUGCUGCUGCUGAAAUUCUGGACAAGAUCGAGAUGCCUGUCCGCGAGCGGAUAACAUUCAUCUCUGCCCCAAUCCAGGUCCGUGACCCUACGGUGGUUGAAGCCGCGGUGAAGAUGGCCCGAUCUGUGAGCAGCGGCAAGCCAUUGGCGAUUGAUGAGGCUGUCGAGCUACCGCCUCUGUCGAUUCUUGAGACAAAGGCCAAAUUGGACUUGCGCAAGUUGGAGUCAUCCCACCGCAUCGUCAUGCUCUAUCUCUGGCUCAGUCAACGAUUUGGAGAUGUGUUCCAAGGAGGGCUCGAAUGCGAUGCAGCCAGGCGUAAGGUCCAGUGUGAGACUUUGAUCGAGAAGGCGUUGGAGCAGGCCAAUAACGAACGCCUGAAGAAAAAACAACAACGGGAGGAAGAUAAAGCAAAGAGCGACUCGAUCAAUGGCGAAACCAAUGCAGGGGAGAAGGUGUUUGAGGAGGAGGAAGAUCAGACCGAG